GGGCAUGACGAAAAACUUCUAGAUACGAUAUGAAUGAAUGUAGUUUUGUUUUCUGUACAUCUAAUAUACUUUAUAGACUUUAUUUAACUAAUCCCACAGAUUCAAUGACCUAAUAUAGGAACCAUGAGAGGGAGAGUUUAUACUUUUGAGGAAAUAUGAUUCAGCUGUGUAGGAAACUGAAGCAGAGAAUAUUUAUCCCAGCUGAAUUUCUAUUGUUAAGUAAACAGAGCUUCUCCCAGAACACUCAUACACAUCAAGUGUAUGUCUCAACUUCUGAUGAUAUAUACACAAAUUUAGCCUUUGAAGAAUGGCUUUAUGAGAAAGAGGAUCUAAAAAAGAAAUCUAUCCUAUUAAUGUGGCAGAACAAACCUGCUGUGGUGAUAGGAAGACAUCAGAAUCCAUGGUUAGAGUGUAACGUUCCCAAACUGAGGGAGUCGGGCAUCAAGCUGGCUCGAAGGAUCAGUGGUGGGGGAUGUGUGUAUCAUGAUUUGGGGAAUCUUAACUGCUCCUUUCUGAAGACUUAUAAACUGUACAACAGAAGAAAGAAUCUUGACUUGGUGGUGGAAGCCAUCACCACCCAGUGGGAUGUGGAUCUCCAGGUCAAUGCCAGGGAAGACAUUGUGUUGGAUGGACUGUACAAGGUGUCAGGAACAGCCUCCAAACUAGGUAAAAACAACACAUUCCAUCACUUUACUCUUCUUCAUGAUGUCAAUAGUGAGAAUCUUGAAAUGACAUUGGAUAGUCCUAUGAAGUUGGGUGUCCAUAGCAAAGCUACAGACAGUAAGAGAUCCCAUAUAAAGAACCUGUCGGAAUGUGACUUCACUAUAGACUUUAUGUCAUUGGUGGAUGUCAUAGGUCACCAGUAUUUUAAGGCUGCUGGAGCUCAGGGAGAGAUUGAGUGGAUAGAUCCUGGAGAUGAAGCCUCAUUUCCAGGCGUGACACAGAUCCGGAAGUCUUCAGAGGACUGGGAGUGGAUAUUUGGCAGAACGCCAAAAUUCACUAUAGACAGAAAAUUCAUCUCAAAUAAGCUUAAAGCUGAACUAUCUGUAAUAUUUAACUUUGAUAAGGGAAGAAUUAUAAGUUCAGAGAUUAUCUGUCAAAGCAGUAUUCCAAAUAUCAGGGAAUUUACAACCAGGCUUCAGGAAAAAUUUACAGGACAGAGACUGCAUCAAGAGGACCUGGAUCAAGUUUUACAGGUUCCACACAUGUUACAGCUUGAUUAUGAACAAGUGACUUUGAUGCAAUGGAUUGUCCACUGUUGUUCACAAACUCUAUGUAUGGGUGUGUAAAUAUAGAACAAUAGAAUCACUUUCAGACAUUAUGAAUUUUAAAAAAAAUGGUUUUAAUUAAAAGAAAACUGUUGUCAUGCAUUUUUGAAGUGUAUGUUUCAAGAAAAAAAUAGAAUGGUAAAUGAAA